AUGCGUUUCGCUCUGGCCCUCGCUGCCCUGGUGGCAGCCGCCUCUGCCCUCCCCUCAGCCCCGCAGCCCGCGAGCAAGCACGGCCUGACGACACGCGAGGACUUCGUCGAGGACGACUUCGAGAUCCAGGCCGAGCCCGACGACAACGCGAAGCGCCAGGCCGUGGCGGGGACCCGGUCCGUCGACUGGCCCGAGGACGACUUCGACAUCGGCGUCCCGGCGCCGCUAAGGUUCAAGGACAGGAAGGCGCGUGACACGGACGGCUUCCCAGAGGACGACUUUGAGAUCACCCCGGAGGCUGACGAUUAA